GGGCUUUGGUGUGUUUAAGCAGCUCCCCCUGCUUCCAAAGGACCUUCCAAGGUUCCAUCCCAUACCAAGGCCUCGCUCUAGGACGCUUAGGGGACCAGCUUGGCGCCAUUGUCGCCCGUCUCUGCUCGACUCGUCUCUGUCUUGUCUUAGGGGUCCAAAUCCAGUCCAGUCCAGUCCAGUCCAGGUACGACAGAACGGAACGCCCAGCUACACCGCAGCACUCGCAGCAUUGCACCACAGCUCCCUCUCCCGCCUCGCAUCCCAUCGCCGCAUCCUCGCUGCCGCUGAAGCGCGUUCCUACAUCGGCAACCAUGCCUGCAUCCGCAUUGCAUUAACCACUGGCUUGGCCUGAGACACUCGCACGCUACGGCUCGACUCUCCCAUCCAACAUGAAUAUCCAUAGGCCGCCUACAGCUACGCCGCCGCCUGCAGAACCCUCCGCGCCCUCGCACCGCCGCCAGUCGUCGCGCUCCGCCUCCAUCUCGUCGUCGUCGGUCCUCACAGUCAAGCCGCCAGCCUCGCUCCCGCUCUCGCUCAGGGACGCGACCCCGAACCCUGAUUCACAACCCCCCCACCGCCCGGCCUCACCGCCCCCAACUGCCCGCCGGCGCUCCAGCGCAGCCAACGCCCCAGCAGAGAGCGGCCCUGGGGCCUUUGCGGAAGGCGCAGCCAACAUCAACCGCUGGUCCCAGAGCACCACGAGCAGCACCACGUCGCCAAAGGACAGGGACAAGGACAAGGUCAAGGACCGGGAAAAAGGCCACGCCCACCACCCCAGCUUCUCGCGCAAACUGAGCAUCAGCACCACCGCGCCCCUCUCUACCCUGACCACUACCACAAACACCACCAAUGGAGCUGCUGCUCUCCCAAACUCGCCCUCACGCCGCAAUUCCUCGCCGUCGCGCAACAACAGCAACAAUAAUAAACCCAACCACCACAACGCAUAUACUUCCAAUCGCUCGCCGGCAUCGAGUCCCCGCCGCACUCGUGCGCGCUCCCCCAUAUACGGGCCCCCUUCGUCUGUAAUCGCACCCCCCAACACGCACUCACUCGGCCCAAUCCUUCUCCCUGCAACCGUAUACGACCCCAAUACCCCGCCUAGCGCCUCGACAACCAAUACCCCCUCGACGUCUGGUCUGAUUACUCCGAGUCUGCUUACCGGAAACCAACGACGAGACUACUUCAACUCGAAGCCACUCUCCCCCCUGCCCCCAAACCAAAGGCCGCCAUCGCGCAGCCAAAUCGAAAAAGUACUGGGAAAGUCUCCUCUUGGGUCGCCGGCCAUCAUUGGCGCUCAAGAGUCAGACCGAAGGCACGACUCCACUUCGGUGCAAAACGAGAACCAGAACCAGAAGAACCGAAGAGCUUGUUGCAGCCACAACAUGCAACACAACCCAACCAUCAACGAGUCCACAGUAGUGAGUCCACCUCAUGGCUCGAUACUAUCGACGAGUCUGGAGGGUCAUCCUGUUCCUCUUCAGUACACUCUUUAUCUCCAGGCGGAUUACGGCGAAAACACAUUCGAAGUACAAGUGGAGGGACAGAGGCCGAAUUUGACGCUGCUCUUGACGCUGCUGUAGAAGCAGCUUAUGAUGACGGUUAUGAACCUUACGAAGACGGCACCUCAACUGAUCUGAUCGCGGCCAAGUUGAGAAAUGUGGAACUAGCAAAAGAGCGGGUACGGGAGGCGGAGCGGGAAGAGGCGA